UCCAUGAUGCUAUAUAUAUAAUCUCAUAUCCUUGACAUUAUUUGCCAUCCAAAAUACUUUUCUCUUAUUCAAACAUCAAUACCAACAUUACUACACUACAUAUCAUGGUGAAACAAGAACUCAAGAUCCAAGUUACUACUUCCUCAAUAUCAUCACUCUCUCAUUCUUCAACAUCUUCUACCUCUUCGUCAUCGUCACUACAUCAUCAUCAAUCUAGUAAGAACAAGAUAAAGAAGUACAAGGGAGUAAGGAUGAGAAGUUGGGGAUCAUGGGUUACUGAAAUCAGGGCACCAAAUAAAAAGACAAGGAUCUGGUUAGGUUCUUACUCGACCGCAGAAGCAGCUGCUAGGGCUUACGACGCUGCUCUCUUGUGUCUUAAGGGACCUAAAGCCAAUCUCAACUUCCCUCACAUCACCACGAAUUCUCCUUUUCUUAUGAACAUCGAUGAAAAGACCCUUCUUUCCCCCAAAUCCAUCCAAAAGGUCGCCGCUCAAGCCGCUAACUCCUUCUCUUCUGACCCUUUUCCCUCUCCCUCCGAUGAUGAUCGUGAUGAUGGACUCCAUCAUCAUCCAUCUCCUUCUUCUUCAGCUGCAUCUUCUCCACCUCACCGUAAUGAUGAUGAUGGUGACUUGGUACCGUUGAUGGAAUCUCAUCACCAUGAUCAUGAUGACAGAAUCCACCACCAUCCAUCUCCUUCUUCUUCAACUGCAUCUUCCCCACCAGAUGAUGGUGGUCAUCAUAAUGAUGAUGAUGGCGAUAUGGUAUCGUUGAUGGAAUCUUUCGUGGACUACAACGAACACGUGUCAUUGAUGGAUCCGUCAUGGUAUGGAUUUGAUCACAAUGAGAUGUUCUUCACCAACAGAGCUCCCUUUGAUUAUUCUUCACAUUUAAAUAGCUCGAAGACGACGACGACGAUGGAUGACUUGUACGACGAUGCUGAUAUUAAGCUAUGGAGUUUCACUUGAUCCGACGGUCCAUAUGGGACACACUUCAAUUCACAUUAUUUCAUUUAAUUCAUUCUUUUAAAUUUAUCAUCACUUGUCAUUCUUCGUGUUAUUUGUUUCUUUAAGUUGCAAGGAGCGAAUUAACGAUUAUCUGUAUGAAAAGUAUAUAUAUAUACACACACUAAUUUAAGAAGAUCACAUGAACAAGGUGCCUUUUUUUUUUUUGUCACUUCUUGACUUUGAAUUUCAUGUAUUUUAGUAUUUAAUUAACACACUUGUAAUAAGUUUCGUACUUUGGUUUUCUUCAUUAAAAAAUCAUGUAAUUCCCAA